AUGUCGGUCGAAUACAAGAGCCAAUUUCUGAACCAGGUCGGCGUCCGGUGCUUCAAUGUUCCUGGUGCGGGAGAGAGCCUCGCCGAACAGGGCCAUCUGUCCAACGCCAUCACCGUUCCUACCAACGCCGCCGUCGUCCAUAUCACCGGACAGGUUGGCAAUCGCGAAAAUGGCGAAGUACCCUCGGAUUUUCGCGAGGAGUUCCUUCAAGUCUUUGUCAACGUCGAGACGGUGCUCAAAGCCGCGGGGGUCCAUGAGGGUUGGGAGGCUGUGUACAAAGUCCAUUUUCUGAACCUCGACAACUCUCCCGAGAGACUGCAAGAAUACUUGGCCAACAUCAAGAAGUUCUGCAAGGACAGCAGGCCAACUACCAUGGCAAUCGGCGCUUCCUCCAUCGCCUGGACUGGUGCCACGAUUGAGAUCUUUGUCGAGGCUGUGAAGAAAGCAUCAUGA